AUGAGCUAUCGACCAAGAAUACCUUCACUUGAUGAUCAUUAUUGUCAAGUAUGUUCAUCAUCACCAACGAGUAAUAAACCUAGACAUUUAUCAUGCUUUUUUUGUGAACAUUGUCGUUCAUCAAUGUGUUAUGAAUGCUUUGAAAAACAUACAAGUCAAUUAAUUGAUGAAUUUACUCAUUUACAACAACGAUAUUCUCAUUUACAAAAUUUAUUUGAUAAUAAACAACAAUUUCUUGGUCAAUAUCAAGAACAUUGUUUACGUAGUGUUAAUUCUGCAUUUGAUGAAGCAGUUAAUGAUUUAGAAAAUCUUCGACGUGAAAGUAUUAACUACGUUAAACAACAAUUUAAUGAUGCUGAAAUAAUUUUAUCCGAAAUGAUGACAACAAUUAAACCAUUAAUAUCUAAAGCUCAACAAAGUUGGACUCGUGAAGGUAUAACAAAAAGUUCUAUGCUUGAACUUGAAAUACAACGACAACAAAUAAAUGAUAUUGAACGUCGUCUUGAUAUAUUUUCAUCACCAAAAAUGCAAAUAAAAAUGUCAACAUAUCCUCGAAAUAAACUUGACUUACAUUGUCAACUUCUUUCAAAUUUAUAUACAUCAACAAAAAAAUUUUCUGCUACUUAUCCAGGUAAAUCAAUUUUAACACGAUGUUUAUAUGGUAAAUUAACUGAAUUACAAAGUGAAAAAAUUGAUGUUGAAACAGAAGUUGAAGAACUUAAUCAAAAUAGUUUUAUGAAUAAACAAAUUCAAACUGAUCCAUUGAUUGGUUAUAAUUAUAAUAUUGAUUAUCGUGCAGACAUUUAUUCACAAGAUGAAACAGAUCAAAUGAGUGAUCAUCUUAAUACAGAAAAUUCUUUAAGUACACGUUUUAUUCAACAAAGUACAAUAUUAACAGAAAAUGAAGUUGAUCGAAUUGCAAGUGAUGGUGAACAUUUACUUUAUUUUUCUGAUACAUCAAACUCACUUGGUUAUAUAACAAAUCUUAUACCCACUAAGGAAGCUAAUAGUACAUCAAUAACGAAAGAAAUAUCAUGUCGAUGGCCAUAUUAUCCUAUUCUUGAUAUAGUUUAUUCUCCAACAACAUCACAAUUUAUUUGUGCAACUAAAGCCGGUGUCUAUACAUGUACUAUUCUCAAUUCAACAAUUGAUAUACAAAUGCAAUUAACACAAAAUUGGUCAUAUGUUAGAUUAGCAGCUGAUAAUAAUUAUAUUUGGAUUUGGACAGAUACUCCACGAUUAAAUCAAUUAAGUAUAUAUACACCAAGAACAUUUAAUUGUAUAAAAGUAUUUAAUUUAAAUGAAUAUCCACGUUUUCUGGAUAAUAGUACAUCAUUUUGUAUACAUUCAAAUAUUUUAGCAACAUUAUUUCAAUUUCGGCCCAUAUCACAUAUAUAUACAUAUAGAAAAAUUUUUAAUUUAACAUUAUGUGAUAGUAUUGAUUUACAUGAAUUAUGUACAAUACGUUUAGGUGAAUGUGAUAUUGAUCAUGAAAUACGUGUUAAUAAUAAUGGAUUAUUUUUUAUAACAAAUGGUAGAAAAACAUUAUGGAUUGUUGAUCAACAUGGAAGAAAAGAAUAUGUUCCAUUAUAUCGUAUAGGACGUGCUUUAACAAUACAUGCAAGAAAUAAUAUUAUAAUUGCAAAUGGUACACAACAAUUACAAUGUAUUGAACUUAUAGAAAAAGAUUAA